CCUUGUUCAGAUCAAUGGCUUUUUCUCUCCCCUCUUCGUGACAUCGAGCGUCUAUUUGAAACCCUAAUUCAAGAAUUGUAAAUUCAAUCUCUUUUGUUUAGAAGCCCUAAUUUUUGAAAUUCAUCGACGAAUUAUUGUUCUUUUUGUGAUUGGUUGAUUAAUCGGAUGGGCAGUGGCAGUGACUCGGCAACCGCACUCGCUCCUGGGUUCCGAUUCCAUCCAACCGAUGAGGAACUCGUUCGAUACUACCUGAAGCGCAAGGUCUGCAACAAACCCUUCCGCUCGAACCCAAUCUCCGUCACCGACGUCUAUGGAUACGAGCCCUGGGACCUUCCAAGUAGAUCGAAGCUGAAGAGCAGGGAUUUGGAGUGGUAUUUCUUUAGUGCGUUGGACAAGAAGUAUGUGAACGGUUCGAAGACGAACCGUGCAACGGAGAAAGGCUACUGGAAGACUACAGGUAAGGACCGACCUGUUCGCCGGAAUACCCGGACUGUCGGUAUGAAGAAAACUCUCGUGUACCAUCUCGGCCGAGCUCCCCAUGGUGAGCGCUCCAAUUGGGUCAUGCACGAGUAUCGCCUUACUGAUGAAGAUCUGGAAAAAGCGGGGAUAGCCCAGGAUGCAUAUGUUUUGUGUAGAAUAUUUCAGAAGAGUGGUUCGGGUCCGAAGAAUGGGGAGCAAUACGGAGCUCCUUUUAUUGAGGAGGAAUGGGACAAUGAUGAGGUGGUGACCUUACCUGCUGAGAAAGCCGUGGCAGCUGUUGAUGAGGUUGAUUUUGGCUAUGGUCCCCCCGUUGAGGCUGAUAAUCUGGAACAGAAUGAAAAUGGUGUAUAUUUUGAGGAGCCUUCUUGCCCACCGGACUUCUCUUAUGAAGAUACAAGUAAUGAUAUUGACCUUUUGAGGGGAUUCAGUGAAGAUGAUCAGAAGCCCAUGAUAGGCAAUCGUGAAUUGCAGUAUGGUCAAUUGCCCGGCACUGACAAUAACUUACCACCUGAGGAAUUUGAGAUAGAUGCAAAACCAGUCAAAGACGAAUAUUUUGCUGUGGAAGCGAGUAAUGAUGGGUAUCUUAAUGAUGUCAAUUACUUGGUUUCUGAACCGUACAUAGAUGCUAUCGAUCAUCCUUCGCAUGGUGAUGGAUUCUACCUGGAAGCUAAUGAGGCAGAAGCUGGAGGUUUUGAAAUGGUUGAUGAGUUCCUCAACUUUUUCGAUACCGAAAAUGAAAAUUUGCCUUUUGAUCCUCCAGAAUGUCUGGAAAAUGAGAACAAUCAUUAUGACCAGGUUUCUCAAAGUGUAAAGGAUGUCUGCAGAGCCGGUGAGGACACACCCAUGCUGGUGCACCGAGAUCAAUUUGCUACACUUGGAAAUGCUGAUGCUUCUUCCUCGAAACAGAAGCAUGAAGAUGCUAAACCAUUUAAGCCGGAAGUGGACUAUCCAUUUAUUCAAAAGGCCAGUCACUUAUUGGGAGGCAUUUCUCCUCCUGCAUUUGCUUCCGAGUUGCCUAUGAAGGAUGCAUCUCUCUACCGAAAUUCAGCUUCAUCAUCUUCCAGUUCAGUUAGGGUUACUGCUGGUAUAAUCAGAAUAGAGAAUAUGAGUUUGUCAUCUGGAAAGAAUGGAGACCUCAGCAUCGUCUUUUCUAUUUGCAUUUCGGAAGGAAAUAUUAGUCCUCCCAGUUUGUUGCCAAUGGGUAGCUCAUUGUCAGGAAAGACAGGAUCUGCAACAACGUGGAGCUGGUUCUUCUUGAUGUUCUUCUGGGUUCUGCUUCUUGCAGUGAGUUUUAAAAUUGCAACCCAUAUUUGUGCCAAUUGAUACUUUAUGAUUAAUGUGGUGAUUAGUUGCCCAAUUCAUAUUUUAUGAGGUCUGCUACUUGGUUGAAUGCACAAUAGGUUGACUAGGGCAACAAGUUGCUCAAGAUUCUUUCUUUUUUAUCUCAUUGUCAGCGUUCUUAAUGCUGACUUCCUCACUAGUCCUAGUCCUUGAUGUUGUAUACCUAACUUUUUAUUUGUUCUUACAGUAAUAGUAGGUGUUGACAUUAUUUGCUCAAUAA